GGGAUCCCCAGCUGAGGCGCAGGGGCGGUCCCUGCCGGAGGAAGCAGGAAACGAGGCCGGGGCAGAGGAGCGUUACAGAUCUCAAGUAAAUGUCCAACAUGCUUCAUCGGACCAUUCAUCUCUUCCGGAAGGGACUUCGGCUCCAUGACAACCCAACUCUUUUGGCCGCGCUGGAGUCCUCGGAGGUUGUGUAUCCAGUUUACAUUCUGGAUAGAAAGUUCCUGAUGUCGGCAAUGCACAUAGGGACUCUGCGCUGGCAUUUCCUGCUGCAGUCCCUCGAGGAUCUGCACAGGAGCUUAACCAAACUGGGCUCAUGCUUACUGGUCAUUCAAGGAGAGUAUGAGUCGGUUCUUCGAGACCAUGUUGAAAAGUGGAACAUUACCCAGGUGACUCUGGAUGCCGAGAUUGAACCCUUUUACAAAGAGAUGGAGCAGGCCAUACAAGCUCUGGGGGGAGAGAUGGGAUUUGAUGUGCUUUCUUCAAUGGGCCACACUCUUUAUGACAUCAGACGGAUUUUGGACAAGAAUGGUGGAACUCCUCCCUUGACAUACAAAAGAUUUCUUCAUAUUCUCUCUGUGCUUGGGGACCCUAACGCGCCUGUACGGAACCUGACAGCUGAGGAUUUCCAGAGAUGUAAGCCUCCUUCUGCGCUUGGCCUGGUUGAGGGUUACCAGGUGCCUCGCCCUGAGGAUUUGGGUAUCCCCCAACAGAGCCAGUCCCCCUGGAGAGGAGGGGAAAGUGAAGGGCUGCAGCGAUUGGAACAACACUUGAAAAAUCAGGGCUGGGUCGCCAGUUUUACUAAACCAAAAACAAUUCCGAAUUCUCUGCUUCCAAGUACUACAGGACUGAGUCCCUAUUUCAGCUUGGGCUGCUUGUCAGUUCGAAGUUUUUUUUAUAGAUUAUCAAACAUUUAUGCACAGUCCAAGAACCAUUCUCUGCCACCUGUAUCACUACAAGGACAGCUUCUGUGGAGAGAAUUCUUCUAUACAGUGGCAUCGGCGACACCAAAUUUUACCAAAAUGGUGGGGAACCCCAUCUGCCUUCAAAUCAACUGGUACCAGAAUGCAGAGGGACUUCACAAGUGGAGAAUGGCACAGACAGGCUUUCCGUGGAUUGAUGCUAUCAUGACGCAGCUUCAUCGGGAAGGUUGGAUUCACCACCUUGCUCGCCAUGCCGUUGCCUGCUUCCUGACUCGAGGAGACCUCUGGAUCAGCUGGGAAGAGGGCAUGAAGGUGUUUGAAGAGAUGCUGUUAGAUGCAGAUUACAGCAUCAAUGCCGGAAACUGGAUGUGGCUGUCAGCCAGUGCUUUCUUCCAUCAGUACACACGCAUUUUCUGUCCUGUCCGCUUUGGCAAACGCACAGAUCCAGAAGGGCAGUAUAUCCGAAAAUACCUCCCAGUGCUUACAAAUUUUCCUUCCAAGUACAUCUACGAGCCUUGGACAGCACCAGAAGAGGCACAGAAGCAGGCAGGCUGUAUUAUAGGAUUUCCAGCUCACUUUCAGGCCACUUGCAUGACGGGACACUCGCUGCUGUGAUUCUUCAACCCACCCACUGAGAAGAUCCAACACCUCUGGGAUGCUCCAAGCAGGAAAGUGUCUUGAAUGAUAAUCACCUCUGUUUCCUUGAGAAGCUGCCAUGAGGACCACUACACAAAGAGCCAGACACCAGGAAAUGGAUCUUAACGUUCUUGGGGGGUUGCAGGUGGGAGGGGCAUAUCUGUUUACGCGGCUGCAGAGCAGUGGAGUUCAAAGUGCUGGCUAGAGUGGCUAAUCGGGCAUUGUGGGAAACAUGCUGGAAUCCAGUAAACUCAACAAAAAGCCUACUGUGGUACUCACUGCAUGAUUGCUGACAGUAAAGAGAAAGGGAAAGACAAAAGUCCCUUGCAGAGCUGGAAGUUUUUUGCCCUCAAAACUGGGUGUUUGUCACGAUGUCUGUCACUUUGCAAUGGGAACGCCCUCUGGGUUUUAUUGCCUAAAAGGGUUUUUUGGUGACAAAACUUGCCAAUAUAGAAAAGGCCAUAGUUUCAGUAUAUCGAUGCAUCUCCAUAUAUAGUUUCACAAUGAUAUUAAUAACCAGUGGGACCCUGGCGUUAUGUAUGAUCUCACAUUGGUGAACCAGAAUGUACAUAUCAAGAAUCAAGAUAUUCCUGUAUCUUCCUUUCCCGUUGGAAUCAAGAAGUUCUUGGGUCAGGCUAAAAUCUUAUUUCUGGUUAUCUAAUGAUCUCAUCCUCAUUCAGAGAACAAUCAGAAACUGCAGAAUGAAGUGGGGCAUAGACCCUUGGCACAGGGUAAAUUUAAUUCCCAGCUUUCCAGGGCAUACUCUUUGACAGUCAGUUGAAGGGCAAUAAAUGAAAAAGCAUGAAUAUUUCAAGUUCUGGUGCAAAUCCAUUUGAAAAGAUAGUGUUUAAAUAGAUUACAUGUGUAGA